AUGUAAGAAGAAUUUUGCCCCUUAGUCAACCUUGAAGAUGACAAGAACAAUCCAUAAAAGGAAAUCGAGAUAAAAUAAGAAGAUGAUGAUGAGUUAAUUAUUAAAAAAGAAUAAGAUGAAUAGUAGAACGAUUUGAGUGAUGAGUAAUGGUAUAAAAUUGAGUAAGAAAUGCUGCAGUCAUAUAAAGAAAUGCAACUUAAGAAUAUAGAUUCACUCUAUGGAGGAAUAGAUUUAGAUCCGGUUCCUACUAAGCAUAUAUUUGAUAUAAUUAAGGAGGAGAAUAACUAAUUACUAGGCGGUGAUCUUCAAUCCUUAUCAUAAACAACCUUGGUGAAAAAAGAAAAUUUGGAUGAUUUCAAGUUUAAGCCUAAGACUAAACCAAUUGUUAAGGCUGCUAAAAAGUAGUAUUUAUUCUCGCAAGUAAGUUUAGAAAAAGAGGAUGAAGAAAAGAUUAUACUGAGUUAGAGUGAAGAACAGUCAACUUAAAAAUCUGACAACAGCGAUAAAUCAGUCAAAAAAUAAAAAAUUGAGAUAUCUAAAAUUACCAAUAAACUUCAUUCAAAGAAAGGAAUCAAGGCUAAAAGAGGUAAAGGAAGGCCCAGGAAAAAUCCUCUUUGA